AUGCACCCCAAGCUCAUCGCCAGGUCAACCGAGGACCUCUGCGACGGCUUAAUGAGCGCCGACACUGAGAUUGCCGUCUCUGCGGAGGGCGAUAUUCGCAUUGAUGAGGGCGAGCGUAUUAAUUACAACUGGCCAAUUGAAGAGUGCUGUGUCCACAAAGGCCACCUUAUCAACCCGAAUGCUCUCAAGACUGGCUAUCUGAUCAAGGCUAUCGCCUACUACCAGCACGAAAGCAAUCACUACUUCAUGUUUCCAGGGGCACCCAAGGAGGAUCCGGCUUGGCUGGAGUCAUCGAAGAGCUGCACCGCGAUACUUCCAAUUGUCAUUGCCGCCAUGGUGACCUAA